GUGGUUCCGUGCAGACAACACGGAAGCCGAACAGCCCCGCAGAUCUUGACCGCCUACCGAAUCGUCUGUCGGCGCCGUCGGUAGCGGGCCAGACCCUGAAGUUUUCCUCGCCCCGCUGACCAGCCGAGGCCACUAGGACUGGAUGCGUGACUGUCAGAAGACUUGUUAUACCAAAGGAGUCACAAAGGCGACAAAGCAAACCUCUCCUAUCUCCAAUCUCCCUCUCAAUUGUCCAUAUACGUCGUUCUUCGGCCUUUGCGACAUCCCGUAUGAACGCAGAUUAGCUACGCAAUCGCUUGUUCCGCCCCGCUGACCAAUUCGUGCGACGCUUUGAAUAAUACGGGCGCCUGCUUUCCGAUCGCCGAACGUGCACCACGCAUAUAAGCCCGCACGAGAGCGAGGACAACGAAAGGCAGAGACCCAGCGCACAUCUCCGAGAUGGCAGCCGGGCAGAACGGUGCACAUGGCACCAAUGGCGUGCAAAACGGUGCCAAUGGAGUCACGAAGGUGAAGGCGCUUCCCAAGUCGUUCGACACCAUCGCCGACACCAUCAAAGCGUUCGAGCGAGGCGAGUUCGUCAUCGUGCUUGACGGCACGCACCGCGAAAACGAGGGCGACCUCAUCAUCGCCGCGCAAGACUGCACUCCGGCCAAGCUCAGCUUCAUGAUCCGCUACACAUCCGGCUACAUAUGCGCGCCGCUCUCGUCCGCGCGUGCCGACGCGCUGGACCUCCCCCUCAUGGUGCCUAACAACACAGAGAAGCAGCGCACCGCAUACACAAUAACCGUCGACGCCGAGCAUCCGUCCAUGACGACGGGCAUCUCCGCUCAGGACAGGGCCUGCACAGCGAACAUGCUCGCCGAUCCGCGUGCGGGCCCAGCCAGCUUCCGCCGGCCGGGACAUGUUCUGCCGCUGCGGGCGAAGCCAGGCGGCGUAAGGGAACGCUUCGGACACACAGAGGCCGCGGUGGAGCUGUGCAGGCUGGCGGGAAAGGAACCUGCUGCCUUCAUAUGCGAAAUGGUGCUUGACGGAGAGGAGGUUGAGGGCGUACCGGAACGUCACGGCGGAGGAAUGAUGAGGAGGGACGACUGCUUGGAGUUCGGCAGGCGGUGGGGAUUGAAAGUGUGUACGAUUGAGGACCUGGUGGCGUAUGUGGAAGAGAGGGAGGGCAAGCUCGACACGCCCGGAGCGGAUUACUAAGGGAAAUCCGAACAUUUCCAGCUAGUGAUAUGUGAAUGCGCUUGGAAACACAUUGGCAGCGCUGUUGAGACGAUCCUUUCCUGUGGAUAUAUCCUCUGCAUGUUGGCGUUCUCAAUUUCUCUUCUAUUUUAUUUGUGUCUGUAGAGUCGGAUGGGUCACUCCGCUACCACUUUUGCACCAUCUCAUGUGGGGAGAAAAGCAAUUAAAGAAUAAAAAAAAUUUUCAGGGAUCGCAUCAAUUGCAGAUGAAAGAACGAAAUUUGUGUAUAUACAUAAAGCUCGUAUACAAUUAGGCAAAGACCUGAUGGUGCUGUACCAAAUCAGCC